UGAAAUAAUCCACGAAAACUCAGAACAAUUUAUUGUUCUGAGGCAAAAAGCAUUUCAAAUGUCGAAAAUGUCAUGUGCCCUGCCAUGUACAGAUCUAAUGCAAAGUUAUUUUCUGUACUCUGCCAUUUUGGCCUUGAAACUCCUGGCCCUGGCUCCAUUGGCCUCGCUGGUGUGCAAUCCAGAGAAAAUUCAACGCGCGAAUCUAAGCGACUUGAAGAACCUCACGCCUUUCUGGCUCGUCGCUGCGCUAUACAUGACGACUUCACCAGAUCACGUAACAGCAAUCAUACUCCUUCGUGUAUUCGUCCUUGCAAGAUUCGUAGCUGCCUUGGGGUAUGUGAAGAGGUUACCUAAAAUGGCUGUAGAAAUGGCGUUCUUCGUGUCUUUCGCUAUCACCAGCUACAUGGGCGGUUGCGUGGUCUAUACAUACAGAGCUGCUUUGUAAAGGAUUAAAACAGAUCAGCGAUUGUUUUGUAAGCUUGACUUUCUGAGAUUACCCCCGAACCAAUCGCCGUGAAGAAGAGAUCCGAGAUGAGCAACAUUUAAAAUCAAAGAAAGUUAUUAAUUCCAACUUUGAC